AUGCUGACGUUCAAGAAACAGGCGUUCGCCUUGACCAUCGUGAUGGCAUUCAUCGCCCUCGCCACACAGACCCAGGCCGCCGACGAACCAGAUUGCACAGUGACCCACCCUUCGACGGGCAAGUUCUAUGACCUCCGCCCACUGACCAAGAAGGAUAAUGACGACGACUGGACACCGGAUACAGGAAAAGACCAAUCGAUGGAGUUCAAGUUGAAUGUGUGUCAGAAGGUGCAGAAGAAGGAGCUGGAUAUCAAGUAUCCUGAGGACGUCGCGUCCUGGGGCAAGCGGAACAAGGGCACUUCAUUAGGAAAGCUGAGCAAGACACCUGUCUUCAGAGGCGACAGCUUGAUUCUGGAGUACACAAAUGGCGAUGACUGCCCCAAUGCUGCCAACUACCGAAAGUCGACUACGAUCCAGUUCGUUUGUGAUACUUCUGUCAGCGGACAGGGCAACCCUUACUUGAUCUCGAGCUCAAACGACUGCAGCUACUGGUUUGUGUGGCGUACACCUGUGGCCUGCUCGGCUGAUCGUCCCAGCGGCGGCAGCGGCGGUGGCGUUUUUGGCACUAUUAUCGGAGUGGUUGUGGCGGUGUAUUUCUUGGGAGGCAUUGCAUAUAACCGCGUCGUCCACCAUGCCCGCGGCUUGAAGCAGAUCCCCAACUAUCAGAUCUGGGUUGAAGGCUUUGACUUUAUCAAGGAUAUGGCGAUCAUUUUGUUUGCAAAGUGCUACCGCCCCAAGCGCUCGCAGUCGUCAUACCAUAACCUGCCUGUCGACUCCGAAAUCAACACGUUGAUCGACGACGACUAUGAGGAUGACGAGGUUUAA